AUGGCGUUAUCCAAGAACAAUCCAUACAGUUUAGGAGACGACUUGACAUGCGGGAUAUGUGAGGGAAAGCUCCGGAAUGGACAGUUCUUGAAGUGCUUUCAUACAUUUUGUGAUCAGUGUUUGAGGCAGGAGAAGAAACGGGAGUCGGGGAGACCCAAAUCAGAAAGUUUCACUAGCAUUGGAAAUAGUGCAAUUAGUGUAGCACAGGGUGUAUUUAGAGUAGCAGCAAACCUAUUUACAUUGGACCCUGAUGGAGAGGAGAUUCAAGGUCUUCAACUCCCAGCCUGCCCGAUUUGUAAACGCAAUGGGAAAGCAGAAACUCAUAAUUCCAGGCAGUAUUACUUUCCAAAUAUUUUUGCAGAGAUGAAAAUCGGAAAUGUGGAUUUCACGGAAAAACUUCGUGGGAAAGCUAAAUCGAGUGAUUCUCUAACCUGUGAGUCGUGCCAGGAUAACAGUUGCAAGGCAACGUCUUUCUGCAGCGAUUGCAAACAAUUCAUCUGCGCAACCUGCGUCGUGGCACACAAGAAAUUAUCCGUGACACGAAAUCACUCGAUCAUCUCAACAGAUGAGAUCAAAGGAGGAAAGAACCUUGUUGACGUCGACAAUGCUCACACAUACACAACAUGCAGCAGCCAUCCAACGUCGCUCUCCACGAAACUGUGUACCAUCUGUCAGGUGGCUAUCUGCACUGAUUGCGUGUCUUCCGAAGAUCAUCGAAUGCACCUUUGUAUAGAUGUCAAGGAUGGUAUCAAGCCAUUCCUGGACGAAGCAAUUAGCAUAGUCAACAGAUUCACACCAUCAAGGUUCGAUAAAAUGCUCAUGGCACACCUUGAGCAUAAAAAGGCCAUUGCGGACAAGGCCGAAGAACUUCGGAAACAGAUCAUUGAAGAUGCUGAUAUUGCCAGGGCAGAGCUCCUGCAGCAGCUCGAGGACAAGAAAAUGUCCAUGUUGGCGAAGGUGUCCAGGGUCGAGACUGACUCAACUAAAGCAACCAAUGAGCUCAUCAAAUCUUUGGAGGAGCUUCGAGUAAAGGCGACCACAGCAGAGAACUACGUUGAUGUCCUCAAGCGUAGAGGUACUGUAUCCAAUAUAUUGAUGGCAAGACGUGGAGGUUUCCUAGAUCUUCUGAAAGAUCUGACAGCCGAGAUUGCCAACAAAGAAUCAUCAAAGACUCAGGGAACCCUUCGAUUACACACAACAUCGUUCCCUUUCCCGCGAUACCAACUCAAAUGGUAUUCACCUCUGUACUGUGAAUGA